UGGAGCAGGAGGUGUCUCUGAGCGCACGGCGGGUCCGCGAGUGAGGAGUGAAGUUGGAGUGCGAGCGGCGCAGAGGGACAGGUGGAGCCGUGGCAUCAGCAGCUGGGACGGUGCAGCGCUUUUACUUCAGAAAGGCCCGGGUGCGACACCAGACGUUCGAAUGCAUUUAUCACUGGAUACCAUGAGCAUGGUGGAUGACAGCUGCCUCUCACCCAGCAACUUCCACGAGCUGGGGAAAGGCGGGGGCAUCGCCGCGGGCGGCCGCGUCCACAGCAUCGACGUCAUUCUGGGCUUCAGCAAAGACCAGGACCCCCUGCUCAGUCCCGCUGGGGCCCCCGGACCUCAUAAACUGGACAUAGACGUUCUGUCGGAGCCUGGGAAGCAGCAGGAGCCCCCGUCACACCCGUCCUACAGCGGGCACCUUUCCUCUUUGAGGAACAGCAGCUCAGACCAGGGGGAGCAGUACCAUGACACCAGCCUGUACACAAACAAGUGCGACGAGGACCUGAGCGAGCUGAGGAAGAGCGUGGACAGCGACGGGAGCAAGUCCCCGGAGCCGAGCAAGGACGAUCAGCCCAAGAAGAAGCACCGGCGCAACCGCACCACCUUCACCACCUACCAGCUGCACGAGCUGGAGCGGGCCUUCGAGAAGUCCCACUACCCGGACGUGUACAGCCGGGAGGAGCUUGCCAUGAAGGUGAACCUCCCCGAAGUCCGAGUGCAGGUGUGGUUCCAGAACCGCAGAGCCAAAUGGCGCCGGCAGGAGAAAAUCGACGCCAGCACCAUGAAGCUCCACGACUCGCCGAUGCUGUCCUUCAAUCGCCCAGCGCCGGUUCACACCAGCAUGGGUCCCAUGACCAACUCCCUGCCUCUGGACCCCUGGCUGACCUCUCCCCUGUCCAGUGCCACACCUGUCCACAGCAUUCCCGGGUUCAUGGGUCCGACCCAGGGCCUGCAGCCCAGCUACCACAGCCACGGCUUCCUCAACUCCUCCCCGCAUCCUCCUCAUCCUCACCCCCACUCCCAUCCUCAUCCGUCCAUGGGGCAGGGGAUGCAGAGUAUGGCUCCGCCCCCUUACCAGUGUCCGGCGCCGUAUCCCGAUAAAUACCCCCUAGAAGACGUGGACCAGCGCAGCUCUAGCAUCGCGGCGCUGAGAAUGAAAGCCAAGGAGCACAUCCAGUCUAUGGACAAGAACUGGCAGCCCAUGUGACUAGCAAACCUGGCAGCCCAUGAGAGUGACCUCGGGAAAGGGAGAUGUUGAAGUUGUUUCUUGGGUUUCGGCGUGACAGCCGUUAAGUAUGAUGUUGUGUGAGGCUGCAGUGAUGUGUUUUUACCUGCAGAGCAAAGGAAAGUGAAUUUGAACUGUGAAAUCUGAGGAUCUUCCAACUUUCACUGGACUUUUCUCCACAGUUUUUUCAUCAUCUCAUGGAUAUGAAGCAGAACAUGUGAAUUCCACAGUGUUGUUACAUUGUUACAUUUAGCCACAAAUAUUAAUAAAUGAUACUGGAUUUGACGUUCAUCCCCACUGGAGAACUUGUGGAGAGGCAGCUACAUUUAAAACGCCAAGGAUUCAUAGUUCAGCAUCUUGGACACUUGACUUCAGUCAGGAGCCGGGACUGGAAGCAUCAGUCGCACACAUACACCUAAACAUCUCCUCUGCCCAGUCUGCAGGUGUUCAGCAUCACCUCAGGUGCUGGAAAUGCAAAGAACACGUUGAUCUAAUCCCUACCUACGCCCCAGGAACUGCUGCACACAAACGUCCCCCGCCAUUAUUAAACCACAGUUGCUUCACGGGGAUGUUUCCCUGUGAUUAAAUCUGUAAGUCGGCACAUUUACAGGAUCUCAGCUGAAGGUGUGAACGUGGAAACAAAAGACCUUAAUUAAUCACUAAUUGCUGUUCUUGUCACCAUCAGAUCAAAAAAACAUGACAAUCUGUUGUACAUUCUUGACUUUUUGCAUUUUCAUUAGUAUGUUUGUGUUUUUACUAAUUAAUCCAAUUGUCAGAAUUUCAUGGGUCAGCUGAUCAGAGUCAGAACCUUCUGUCUCAGCUUAAAGCUAGAACUCUACUAUGAAACAAAACAAUGAGGAAAGGUCUCCUACAAUGACAAAAAAAUAAAAGGCAUCACAGUCUACAGGGACUGAUUGAGUCAGAGAUGUGAUUAUAAACGUACCAAAAAUAAUCCCGCGUCGCUAAAACACGUUUAACUGUGUUCUGCUUGUGCUUUAAGGAAGGUUGGAAGGAAGCACAAUAGGAUGAAGGAGGCUAGCGGGCAGAGUAGCCCUGCUUUUUGCUUGAGUGGCUGCUGGAGGAGAAAACCUGUUGGCAGCUCGGUGUUGGGUGGCUGCGAGUACGUGCGGGGCGGCAGAAAGGGCCCUAUGCGAUGCCUCACCCCUCAUAGCGCCGUCUUUGUUCGGCACAAUUGAUCCAAGUGUAUCGUCUUUGUCUGAAGCUGAAGGGGGGAACCAGUCUCAGGCUGCACUAAAUGGGCCCUUGUAACCAUUUUGUCAUGGAAGUUUUUUUUAUUCAUUCUCAAUCAAAGGGGAAGAAUCAUGGAUGGAGGCUGGUCAUUAGUGACACAAUACGCAAUAUAUUUACCAUCUGUUACAGAGUUGGGCUCUCCUUUUCUUGAGGUGAGGUGGAUCCAGCACAAUUACAGUGAAUCUAUAUGGGCAGUAAAGCAAAAUAAAUCAGUCCUUUGGAUAUAUUAGAAUUAUCAAGAGAAAAGGCAGCACAUGGCUGCUUUGUUGGAUUGGGUACAGAGCGAGUGGGAAAGUAAAUCCUUCAUCUCAAAGUGCAAUUUCAAAACCCUUUUUUAUGUUUUUCUUAAAACGAUGCUGACAUCCCCACAUCAUCCCUCCUACUGCUGAUAAUAAGAUGUCCUGCUCCAGUCUGCUGUCAUCGUCUUGCUUCAGUUUUUAUAACUUGUUUUCUUUGUUAGUCAUGUUUAGCCAUCUUAAUGGACACCAGACCAUAGAGUAAAAGAGGAUUACGUUGCACAUUACUUCUUUAGGACACUACAUAAAGAAUAAGCCAAAGGUUAGACAAAAUGGACAAAACUGCACUAGAUGUUUGAUGGUUUUAGUUUAUUUUUUUUUUAUUUGAAAAAGCACAGGAGACGAAAACCUGUGUGGCUGGUUUUGUUUCUUACAUGUGAUAGUUACAGUUUAUCUGUCAUGGUGAUGUCUUUGUUUUUAAUUCUGUCUGGAUAAUUGUUGUUCAUAUUCUGGAAAGAAUGAAGAUUUACUGAAAAUAAAUCUAGUCUGA